ACAUUAAUAUUGCAUCAUUGAGUUAAAAUGUUAAAUUCCAGAUAAACAUUUAACAUGAUUUACGGCCGGCAAGUAGUAUAUCCUACAUGUAUUAGUCUUUAAUUUUCAGAAUAAAAAAUAUAUGGUACUAAUGGUUUUUUUAUGGAAUGAAAUAUUUAAAAUGAUAUUGAUGAUACAAGAAUCUAAUGGUAUCAAUAGUAUCAUAUCCAAUAUCUUAUUCUUUUAAACUACUUUGAUUCUGACUAAUUAUAUAAUAAAUAAUUAACACUGUAAAACAUUAUCAACAAUUUACAUCACCAAACAUGAAGAUGGUUGAAGAAGGGAAACAACCACUUCUAAUCACCUUCACCGAUGCAGGAGACGUCCCAAAACUCCAAUCAAUAUCAUCAAAUGAACAAGUAUCAGAAUCAGCUAACACUUCACGCUGGUCAUUCCUCUUUAAACUCCUACUUGUCAUCACAACCAUCGGUGUUUCCACAGCAGGUAUCACGUUAAUCAUACUGAUCACACCAACCCCACCGACCGUUCACAUACACUCCAUGCAUAUAGCAUUCAACGAACGCCAUCUCCCGAUCUGGUCAGCAACGUUCUCUAUCAAAAACCCCAAUGAUAAACUCCGCGUAACGUACGAAAGUCCCUCCGUGUGGGUGUUUUACAAGAGAAAACACGUGGAGACUAUAAGACUCGGGUCGUUUGAGGAAAAAGGCGGGGAAGAGAACGAAGUAGUUGUGAAGGGAAAUGAAACCAGAGUUAUCGAUGAAGAGGCGGCUCACGGAAUGGAGGAGGAUGUGGCGACGACGGGAAGUGUGGUAGAUCUUGAUAUUGUGUUUUUAGGGAGGGUUGGGUUUUAUCCGGUAGCUUCUACUUUAUGGGGAAAACAGAACAUGACGGCUGUUUGCAAGAACGUGAAAGCUACGCUGUCUACUGAUGAUGAUGAUGAAAAACUAGAUAAGACAAAGAGUUGGGGCUUGACGUUUGAUGAUCGACAAGAUUGUCGUGUAAGUCUCCCUGUGUUUCCUUAG